AUGACGAUGAAUAUCUUGAGUCUCCCGCCGGAGCUGGUGACGCGUAUCUUUGAUGAAUUUGCCAGUUCUGUUGAAGUAAAACGUGCCAUGAGACGCCGCGUUGUUAGUCGCCAAUUCAAACGCUUCAUCGACGACGCCAUCUUCCGCCUUUGCCUUCUAGACGGACACAAGAAUAGAAUUGAAGCUACCCACUGCGUAGGGCGGUAUUUACCACAGCCUGAGCGCGACUUCAUCGCUGAGUAUUUCGCAUACCAGGCGUCGAUGGCAAAGGACCCGACAUCAAUCAUCGGUCGCAUCUGGCGUGCGGCUGAGGUCGUAUCAGAAAGAGCUGGAGAGGCGGGGCAGGAGUCUGCGCACGCACGCUUGAAAUCCCUUUGCCUUCUCUCUCUGAAGGACUGUGAUUUGCUGAAUGCACUAUUCAAAGCCCGGCGUAGGUCGCGCCCAACCGAAUGUUCGGCCGAAUCUCUGGCCGUUGAUGAUCGCGUUGCGGCUGCCUAUCUGGGUGAUGAGGCUUAUAUCCAGACGCUGGUCGCGCAGGGUGAUGAGCUCUGCACUUGGGGAGGUGUGGCCGAUGUGAAGAGCGAUAUCUUUGGUUCUGCUUUUGAUGCCGCCGCUCUUGCUGGCAACGUGCCCAUGAUGCGGCUUCUGCUCUCAUCCAACUAUCAUUAUGACCCGCCGGGAACUAUCAUGCCAUGUGAUCUUCAGCGCUGCAUCCUCAAACGAGCCUCUCUUGGUGGCUAUGUGAAUGCCUUCGACUUCGCUCUCGAUGAUGGCCCGCCUCUGGAUCUAGAAGCCGGUGAGAGGAGAGAGAUCCCGGGGCCUGGGUUUGACUGCCUCAAGGGGGCCAUCGCCCAAACGCCGAUUGUCGAGAACUAUAAACGAGGCGCGGGCAUGUUUUCGCCGGAUAGCAAAGUUUUUAAGAGAGGCCUUGGUGACCUAGAUUCGCGGCUGACCCGAUCAGCAGGCCGUGGGCAUGUGGACAUGAUGAACUACUUUCUCGGCCUUGGCGCUUCACCCAAUGGAGCAGCAAAGGACAAUUCGACUUUCAAGCCUCUUUUCUGGGGUAUCCGCAGCGGCAUCCCCGAGGCUGUCAGGCUCCUUCUCGCCCAUGGCGCUGACCCGAAUCCGUUCUCGCCUGAAGAGACGGCACUUAUGAAGGCCGCACGUGUAUCGUCCAUCCCCAUUGCCAGGAUGCUGAUCGAGGCCGGUGCGCGAGUGAACGAAGGCUCACCGCCCCCGAUCGUCGUGGCUGUGUUCAAGGAGGACAUGGAGAUGUUCAACCUUUUGCGCGGUCACGGCGCGAGGCUGGACACGCCUGAGACUGGGAACUGGGCCAUGGCCGUGGCUCGGUUUCACCAACUUGAUUGCAUGGUCAGGAUGCUCGAGCAGCAGGGCGUUGAAAAGGACGCUGUUCUGCAUCGGUGUUCAAAUGUUCUGGAGAGCUAUGACUUUGAAUAUAUUUUUCCGGUGCCGCUUCAUCUGGAAUUGGAACAUGACCCAGAGGCUGCAGCAUUGCUGGGAGCGCUCGAAGAAGGACAAGAAUCAGAAGAAGAAUAG